CUAUUCUACCAUUUCAAAUGCUGGACAUUGUGUCUCACAUUUCAAGAUAUUUUUGGUUUACAUCUUGAUGGUAUCACUUUUAUUUGGAUAUAAGACCCAAAUAAGUUUUCCUGACGGUACAAUUUAUUUAUAGGUGAUAGUAUUUUCGUUGAUAAUAUACCCCGAAAAAGCAGUUACUAACAAGUUAGGGACCAACAGAAAAGUUUGGAAACAAGUAAUACAUCACCGGCAACAUAAAUUGCAUAACAUAAAAAUGUGAUUCAUUUAACCAUGCUACUGAAAGGUAUGACUAAAAAUAACCACAUCCUUCGUUGAUAAUCGCAAAAAUAUAUAUUUUUUGACUGAUUAUUGCAGCUUAAUAAAAGCUGACCCACAUUUGUGGCCUUAAAACUAAUAUGAUAUCAUUCAAGUCAUCUGACUCAAGUCAUGUGGAGAUUAAGUAAAAUGGCGACCUCAAUCACAACUUUUUGCUUAUCUUCUCUGACAGUUUUGUUUGCUGCUUUCGUCCACAACUCAUUAUGCACGGACAAACAAGAAACACACCUUAUUCACGUAUCAGACAAAUAUUUAUUGUAAGAGAAAAUACGCCGGGAACCUAUAUACAACAAUGGAAGAAGUUGAGGAAGUUUCUUUCUCCUAUUAUUUGCCAGCCGGCUGCACUGGAAUUAGAUACACAGAGACUGGAGGUAAAUUAGACCCAUUGUGUUUAGUUGACUUGGUGUGUGCAGCUGAUGAAAAUGAAUAUUGUGAAGAAAGGAAAUCACUUCAAGACAGACCAUGUCUUCAACCCAGUCAGCUGAGACCAUUUGGGUAUGGACUCUUGAGGCAUGGAAAUAUGUUUGAAGACAUUCAUUCCUACUUCAAGAAGUAUCUAUUUAAACCAACACCCAAAUUGAUCCAGCCUGCAAACAGACCAGAGCCAGAAAAAAACAGAACUUCAAAUUUCACCACUCCAUUAAUAAACAAUACUCAAAAUGCUGUGACACCCAGAACAGAGCAGGAGAUUUUAAAUUAUACAUAUGCUGUUCUGUGUGCAAACUAUCCCUUUUUGGUUCUUUCAAUAAGUGGCGUUGUAAAGAAUUCUCUAGACAAUGGUCAGAGCAGUUUUAGAUAUUCUAUGAUUUUCCAACCUGUUUUUGCUGAAGAAACCAACUUGAAAACGGUCUCACUGCAACUGAUCUCUUACUUACGAAGUGCCUUUAGCUUUCAAAUGUCUGAACACACUGCUUCAUUGAAUUCCAAACAGCCAGAAUUGUUGCUUGCUGAUGAUUUAGGAACAAGACUCAGUUUACUUGAGCGCAAUGUCAAUACAUUUUAUCAACCUGAGCAAUUCACUAAUAAUAAUUAUGAGAAUUGGAAAAAAGAAGAAAGGUCACUCCUUGGUUUUUUACUUCAAAUGAUUGGUCGAAACAAUAUUCCAAAAUUCAAAGACGACUCUGUUUUAAGAUUGAGUGAAAUGCACAACCAUUAUCAAUGUUUGUCUGAAAAGCUAUUUCUUUACGAUAAAAAAUGCCUGGAAGCGACCGGGAAUCAGCCGUAUGUAUAUUCCAACUAUUCUGCUUACAUCCUGGAAGAGUUUGGUCUUCGUUACGGUGUGGGUUUCCUAUUUAGGCUCAUUGUUUACCUUGAUUUACUUGUGAAAUAUUUUGAUCAAAAAUUCUCCAAGAUUAAACACAUACAUCACACCCUCCAGACUAUCUGGUCAACAUUUCCUGAGGACAAAAAAAAUUUGACUGCCACUCAAAAAGAAAUUGAAAUGCUACAAGAGAUCCUGUUAAAAUUCUUUUUGAAUGCUGCAACAUUUUUACAUGUCAUCAUCAAAUCUGAACAAACAAAUCCUGAAGCAAUUGAUUCAAUGAUAAAAUCUUUUCAUAUCCUCCACCAGCUGAAUAAAUGCUUGAACGACAUUCCAAACAUGAUGGAAAUGAAGACUGAGAUAUAUUGCAUGACUCAGGGGAUGUUUCUAAAACUUUACCAAGAUGCCUUAACCAAAUUCUCUAAGUCUAAGUCGUCUUCCUGUGAGAACUCCAAAGCUCAACUCACUCUGACAAUGAUUUCUGAUGUUAUUAAUUGUCUGGAACAAGAGAUUUGUUUAAUUGAACAGUUUAAGCCUUCGUUUGAGCAGAAAAAGUGGAUUUAUAUCACCUGGUUGAACAUAUCUACCAUUUGGAUUCCUGCUGGGGUACAAGUUUGUCAGAAAAGUAAUCCCUUAACCGUUUCAUUACCAGAUCCCUAUUGAAAUGCUCUGCCUUUGUUUCAGUUAAUUUCAAAAACAACAAGGAAUUUAGUUGAGUUGAUGCAAGGUGGGUUAUGGAAACCAAUGAAGGUUGAAGCAAGAAGAGGGGGUUGAGAUGAAAAGUGAGACAAGUUGAUUGAGACAAAGGAAGUAGAUUACCUGAUUUGUUAGUUGCUUUUAGCUGCAGUCCUUUUAAAAACAGACUAAGGAUGGAGAUAUCACAACAUUAUUUAGCAUGUCCUUUAGUCAAGUGUGCUUUUAAAGGGAGUUUGGCUGCUAUUCCUAAUCAUUAAGCAACCAUUUAAGGGUUUCUCCAGAGUAAUCACUGUAAAGGAAGUGAAAUAAUUACAAUAUCAAUUCUAAAAUUGUUUCCAAAAAACCAGAUUUCUGAGUGUUUAUAAUUGGCAAUGCUGACCCUCCUGGGAUGCCGAAGAAUGCUUCAACACACAAGUUUACUUUAUAUCAAGAAUCUUGAAAUCAUCAUCAUCACCAUCAUCAUCAUCAUCAUCAUCACCAUCACCGUCAUCACCAUCAUCAUCGAUUUAAUGACUUAAUGACUACAAUCCAUGCUGGCAUGGGUUUGUGGGUCCAAAUACAAAAAUGAAAUCUUACAAAUAGCUUCUUCAAAAAUUUUAUUCCUGAGUAAUUAAAACUUCAUUGUUUCUGUUGUUUUUUUGUUUUGUUUUUGUAAU